AAGUAAGAAUCUUUGUUUGGGUUGGAGCCAUUGUUGGAUGUGUUUAAUAAGGUUGAGAUUGGUUCAAGUGAACCCGAAAAAUCCACUAUCGGAGGUCGAUUAUUCAACAAAUAUGAUCGGAUUAGUUGCUAUGUAACUUUUUGUUGACUUAAUCUUUGCGUAAGAACGGAUUUACCUAGUUACUAUAAAUUGACUUCUCUUGUUUAAUUUUUGGUGCUACUGAAUCUCAAGUGAUCUGAUGUACUCGGUUAAUAAAUAUGCAUAUGCUUACUGAUAAAAAGUUUACGUUGUAUGUCACUGGAAUAACAAAAAAUUUGGAUAAAAUCUUGUUGGAAUGAAAUUUUUUGCAAGAGUUGGAAGAAUAAUCUUGAUGAGUGCAAUUGGGGUUAAAGUUAUUAGCAGAACAUCAUUAACGAAAUGUUCAUUUCUUAUGAUCGAGGAGAUUUGUAUCAGACAAAAGAUUUUUCUUGUAGAAACUUUAUCCGAUUCCUGGUUUUUUGUUUUUUCCUUUUCACGGUUGUUAUUAUUUUGAACUUCUAAUUUCUCUUGCAGGCCUUUCUAGAGGUUGAUAUUGUUGCGUAUGGAGGUAUGCGUGUAUCUAAUGAUGGCUGAGUGAAAAGUUCAGAGCCUCACACUGCCGUUUUAGAGAACUCAUCUAUUCAUAUUCACAAAAUGCCGCAAUGGCCAACUAGUGGUCGAAGUCUGCUGAAGAUACUUCGUCCCUUAAUGCUUAUGCUCAAACCAAUUGUUCAAUUUCUUUUGCUGCUUUGGUAUAUUUGCAUGAAGAUACCGGCUCCUGAUGCCUUUAUAGUCCAGAAUCCACCGUCUGUUCCUACCCUAGUGGGUGUAAAGUGGGCUAGCUGGUCUAGACAUUCGACAUUUAUUGUAGAUUGGCAUAAUUUUGGAUAUACACUGCUUGCCCUAUCACUUGGAAGGAGUAGUUUAUUCGUGUCGCUAUAUCGUUGGAUUGAGAAGCAGUAUGGCAAGAUGGCCCAUGGUUCUUUGUGCGUGACCAGGGCAAUGCAACAUGAAUUGGCUGAGAACUGGGGAAUCAAAGCCACUGUUCUGUAUGACCAGCCCCCAGAGUUUUUCCGACCUGCUUCCCUUGAGGAGAAGCACAAUUUAUUUUGCAGGAUCAGCAAAAGCCUCAGCCUGCCAUCUGGUUUUCAGGAUUGCAUUAGUAAUGGAAUGACAGCAUCAGAUAACAAUGAUCCUAAUGUAACUCCAUUUACAGCUCAGCUUGGCACUGAUAUUUUCCUGAAGCAUAAUGGACCAGCGCUCAUUGUUAGCAGCACAAGCUGGACUCCAGAUGAAGACUUUAGCAUUCUUUUGGAAGCAGCACUCAUGUAUGAUAGACGCGUUGCUGCACUAUUAAAUGAGGAUGACUCGAGCGGAGAUGAAGUUGUUUGGAAGGAAAUUUCUGACGGGAAGCAAUUCUCAUACCCAAGGUUGUUAUUCAUCAUUAUUGGGAAGGGGCCUGAAAAGGAAAAAUAUGAACAAAAAAUAAGGAAACUGAACCUCAAACGCGUGGCAUUCCGUACUAUGUGGUUAUCAACAGAGGAUUAUCCUUUGCUCCUUGGGUCAGCAGAUCUUGGUGUUUGCCUGCAUACUUCUUCAUCAGGGUUGGAUCUACCCAUGAAGGUUGUGGAUAUGUUUGGCUGUGGACUCCCUGUCUGUGCUGUUUCAUAUUCUUGUAUCAAGGAGCUGGUAGAAGUUGAAAAGAAUGGCCUCCUUUUCUCUUCAUCUUCAGAACUAGCUGAUGAACUCAUGAUGCUAUUCAAGGGUUUCCCAGAAAAGUGUGAUGCUUUAAAGAAGUUGAGAAUGGGCGUGAUGGAAAGGGUAUCUUCAGCAAGGUGGGCGACCGAGUGGGAGGAAAAUGCUAAGCCCUUAAUAUCUAAGGUCAUUUCUGAGAACUUCAGCUGAAGGUGCAGGAGUGUAACAUAAAAAAUUUUCGAGUUUGAAAUUUUCUUUAUGCAUUUAUAUGUAGUUAUACCCUAACUCAUCAAGUCUCUGGUCGUGAGGGGACUACUCUUGCUCCCCUGCGGCCCUGCCUGCCCCCUACGAGAAAUUAUAGCUUAGAAGGAUGGAUUAUUUUCUGCAAAUUAGAGUGGAUUUUGUUACUUCUUGUUGAGCACCUUUGAAACUUGCAGUGGGUCGCAAUACAUUUGGAACUCAGUAUGAUAAUGCGACAAUUUAUGCCUUAUCCAA